AUGAGCUCAAGUUUGAAGUCUGCAAGAAUUCCCGCUUAUGCAGAUGAUGAGUCUGAUCACUUGGCGUUGCUUGACUUUAAGAAUCGGAUUAGUGAAGACCCACUUCAAAUCAUGAACUUAUGGAAUGACUCCGCCCAUUUCUGUAAUUGGUUUGGUGUUACAUGUAGCCCCUCCACUAAAAGAGUCAUGGUUCUUAACCUACAAGCUCAAAGAUUGUCUGGCUCCAUAACACCUUCUAUUGGAAAUCUCACUUACCUUACUGGAAUCAACCUGAAAAACAACAGCUUCUAUGAUGAAAUUCCUCAAGAAGUAGGAAGACUACGGCGCCUGCAACAUCUCAACUUGAGUUACAAUUCCUUUGGUGGGAACCUUCCAAGUAAUCUAAGUCAUUGUACACAACUUAGAGUGCUCCAUGUUGUUGACAACAAACUAGUUGGGCAUAUUCCAAAGCAGUUCAAUUUAUUGUUAAAGUUGGUUUUCCUGCAACUUGCUAGGAACAACCUUAUAGGAAGUAUCCCAGCGUGGAUAGGAAACUUUUCUUUGUUGUACGUCCUUUCCCUUUAUCGGAACAUUCUAAAAGGGAGCAUACCUAGUGAGCUUGGCCGUCUAUCAGGCUUGAGAUUUUUUAGUCUUGCUGUGAAUAAUCUAUCUGGUACUAUCUCUCCUCCGAUUUAUAAUAUAUCUUCCAUAUACCAUUUUUCUGUUGCUGCAAACCUGCUGCAUGGAAGCCUUCCACCAAAUGUUGGCCUUACUCUUCCUAACCUUGAAAGAUUUUUUGUCGAUCUUAAUAGUUUCAUAGGGCAUAUUCCCGUGUCAUUGUCAAAUGUGUCUAGACUUUACAUGCUUGACUUUGGUGAAAAUGGUCUCACUGGGACGGUGCCUCAAAAUCUAGAAAGUUUUCAUGACUUGGUUCAUCUUAAUUUCUAUGACAAUAGUCUUGGAAAUAGGAAAGUUGGUGACCUGAAUUUUCUCGAUUUUUUGGCUAAUUGUACAAGUUUGAAGGUCUUGGCUCUUGAUUUUAAUCAAUUUGGUGGAGUACUGCCCAACUCUAUAGCCAACCUUUCCUCCCGGUUGAGGUGGCUUGGUCUGGGUGGAAAUAUAAUACGUGGAGGCAUUCCUAAUGGGAAUGACAACCUUGUUAACUUGACCGAUCUGGAAUUACAUGGUAACUAUUUAAGUGGUCCUCUCCCCAAUGCACUUGGGAAGCUUCAGCAGUUACGGGUACUAUAUUUGAACAAUAACAAAUUUUCAGGGUCGAUUCCUUCCUCUUUAGGUAACUUAACUAAAUUGAUAAAGCUCUUCAUGGAUGAGAACAAAUUUGAGGGAAGUAUACCCCUAAGCCUAGGCAACUGCCAAGAUUUGCUUGAACUAAACCUUUCUUCUAACAAUCUCAAUGGUACUAUACCAAAACAAGCUAUUGGUCUUUCCUCUCUUUCGAUUUAUUUGGUCAUGUCUCAUAAUUCUUUAACAGGUACACUACCAUUUGAAGUGGGUAACUUAAAAAAUCUUUGGAAGUUAGAUCUCUCAGAGAAUAGAUUAUCUGGUGAAAUUCCUGCUUCCCUUGGUAGUUGUACUAGUUUGGUGAGUUUGCAUUUGGAGGUCAAUUCAUUUGAAGGAGCAAUUCCUCCAUCCUUGAAGACACUAAGAGGUUUAAACGAAAUUGAUCUUUCGCGCAAUAACUUGUCAGGGCAGAUUCCUGAAUUUUUUAGCAAGUUUUUGUCACUUAAGCAUCUCAAUCUUUCUCAUAAUGAUCUCUUUGGGAAAGUGCCAAAACUCUCAGGAUCAACCAAUGGUUUCUCUGUGGACAAUUUGAUCGGUUCUGGUAGUUUUGGUUCUGUAUACAAAGGAGUUCUCUCUAGCAAUGGAGCAGUUAUUGCAGUUAAAGUGUUAAACCUUCAACAACGAGGAGGUUCCAAGAGUUUCGUCAAUGAAUGCAAUUUUUUGAGAAGUUUACGCCAUCGUAAUCUCCUUAUGGUUAUCACUGCUUGCUCAAGUGUUGAUCAUCAAAGGAACGACUUUAAGAGUCUAGUUUUUCAGUUCAUGUCUAAUGGAAGCCUAGACCAGUGGCUGCAUCCUAUAGAGGAUGAGCAACAUCAAUGCAAGAGAUUGAGCUUUAUUCAGAGACUGAACAUAGCCAUGGAUGUCGCUUAUGCAUUACAAUAUAUUCAUCUCCAUUUCCAAACACCGAUUGUUCACUGUGAUUUAAAGCCAAGCAAUGUCCUCCUCAAUGAAGAUAUGGUAGCCCAUGUUGGUGACUAUGGAUUAGCAAAGUUCGUCAUUGACGCAUCACAUAAUCCCUCCAAAAAUCAAAGUAUGUCAGACUUUUCAGUUGCAUUGAAGGGUUCCAUCGAGUACAUUCCUCCAGAGUAUGGGAUGGGUGGCCAAAUUUCCAUACUUGGAGAUAUUUAUAGCUAUGGUGUACUCUUGCUGGAGAUGUUCACUGGGAAAAGACCUACCGAUGACAUGUUCAAAGAAGGUCUGAGCAUUCAAAAGUUUACUGUAAUGGCUUUGCCAUAUCGUGUAAUGGAUAUAGUGGACUUGUCAAUGCCCUUUGAAGAAAAUGAAGAUGAUGAUGAGACAAAUAAUGUUGACAUAGAAGAAAGCGCAAUAAUCGAAGAAGUUGAUCAUCAUUUCAAUACCAGAAGCAGAGUGGUGCAUUGCUUGAUCUCAGUGUUGCAAAUUGGACUAUUGUGCUUUGCAACAUCACCUCAUGAGUGUUUGCCCACAAAUGAUGUCGUCAACAAAAUGAGGGCAAUUACAGACACAUUUCCUGAAGUCCGGCAUGCAUCACCAAUUGAUGAAAACAUUUAUCUUGGCAGGGUUGAAGAUUCAAGAAACUGGUAA